GAACGAGUCCUUGGUGUUUUACGCGUGUUCCUAUAGAUUGCCCUUCUGUGGCUCUAAUCCCUCCGUAGCCAUUUUGGCUCAUGCCUGGCGCGCGCUGGUUCAAGGGUGGCCCUCUGGCGAAAGCCUAUUGGGCGCCCUUCGCUCCGCGCGCUCCGCAUGAUGGCUCGGGGGGCGGCUGCAGGAAGCUGCCCGUGGCGUUCCUCGCGGGACCGCAGGCUGGCUCGGCGCCGUGCCCGCGAUGCCUGCGAGCGCGGGCUCUGGAGAGCCCUGCGCGGCCGUGGAGACCCGCCCUGUCGCGGCACCGCGCUCGUGUCCCUGGCGGAGGAUGUCGACAGGCGCGAGAGGUUGUCGCGGGGGGUGCUCGUCUCUAGGAUCCUCGGUUCGCGAACAGCUCAUGGCGACGUGCUCAUCAGGAACUGCUCCCAGCACGCACGGGACCUUCCCGCGGACGGGGCAGGGGCAGCGCAGUGGCGGGCAGCCGCGCGCGGUCCACGACUCGGCGCUGGAAGCUUUCCUGCUGCUGGUGUUCUUGAAUUUCUUCCUAGUGCUGGGCGCUGGGAAGCACUGCAUGAUGAUCGCCUUCCGGCACCGGUGGCGCAGGUCUGCUGCGCGUUCGAGGACGUCGUCGACAGCACCUCCCCCGUCCAGGAGGAGGAGCUGGCUCCCGCCGAUGCCUCGGAGCGUGGCUCGUCUCAUGCAGGCUGUGCUCUGGGCGGCUCCGCGUCCGCCGCCGCGCCUUCGGCGUUGCGGGCCGACGCUCCAGAGUUCUCGCCCGUCGUCCAGGAGCUGUUUCCGUGUGUCGAGGAGGCCAACUACACUCUGGCAGAGCGCUCGGCGUCUCCCGUGGUGGACUCUCCUUUCCCGAGGUGCACCUGCGGCGCCACGGUGUUCUCGGGCAUCCCUGCUGCUGCGCUGCCGCCGUUCGUCAGUCGCUGUGUGGAGGGGUGGCCGCGCCAUGGUCGCGACGGGAUCGCUGGCGGCCCAGGCUCACCAAGUACAUCCAGCAGCGUGCACGGCGACUCGUCGAUGUGCUGCUCGUCGUCUUCCUCGUCGUUGACGACCGUGCAGAGUGGUGAACGCUUCUCGGGCGUCCCCCUGCUCGAGCUCUGCUACCGUGGGCGCAAGGCGGCACCCUGGUGGAUUGCUCGUAUGGUGGUCUUCGAAGCUUGGCUCGACCCUCUGCUGAAUCCUCCUGAGCAGGCCCUCACCCCAGCGCUCGAGGUUAGUGAAUCGGCCGACGAUUUCUCUGACUUGACGUGGCGGUAGGCCGUAAGUCUCCCAACCUGAGCUGGGGAGCGCCUUCGGUGGUCUGAGCCUUUUCAGGCUCGGCACGGGGUGGAUGGUGGCUCGCGCGGCUGCCUCACCUGACGGCGCACACCCACGCAGCGCGGCGUGCGCGCUGCUUCUUGGAGGCCGCUGUUUGCGGGCCUCCUUGCCGCAGUUUGCGGCUCUCGCCUUCGUGGCGGCAGGAUCGGUUCGUGCUGCACGGGCUGCCUUGUCAUUUUAAAAAA